AGAGGCACAUGGGUGCGCGUCACAUCGACCUUGUUUCGUCAUUGGUUUUCUUCAACUCGCACAGGAUUGUGGGUCACUGUGAAUGUAAUGGCGGCGGUAGCUGAGACGUCGGGGCUCAAGUCACUGGAGUCCGACAGUUCUGUUCCAAAAUCGGCUGUGGAUGACGACGACGAUGAAUUGGAGGCGCUGCGCACGGCGGCAUUGUUGUCUAUGAAAGCCAGAGAAAAAAGCAAAUCGGGCACUGUUAAUUCUGAGGCGCGCGAGCGACCUGGUUCGUAUUCCAACUAUAGUCGUUUCCACCAUUCCAACCAGAGAGCCACCACCCCUGGAAAGCCACUGUUCAGCUGGAACCAGCACACACGACCCAACCUUAUCGUAAUACAGCCUGUGCCACUGGAAGGAAGUGAAGCUGCAUCACCAUGCAGUGUGACUUCCAUCCAGACCGCACAGCCCUCGACAAAGUUGGUGUUGCCCCAGGACCGGUGGUGCCCAAAGCGGGUUCAAGACGGUCCAACUUCAAGUGUCAUUGGCCAGUCCAAACGCAGGGCAUCAGGCAAGUUUAGUCACUUCGAGUCCAGCUCUGAAAGUGAGGAAAGCGACGAUGAUGACCUGCUGCGCUCUGGUUCCGCAUCAUCCCACAGUGAUGCAAGUGCCGACGGCCACAGCUCAGACGAUGAGCAAAACUCUACACGUGCAUCGCCACCAUGCAGAUUUGCGCAAGAUUGUCUAGACAGCUGUCUAAGUGAGUCUACAUCUGACUUGCCAGCAUUCUCCUCCCCCCGGCAUGACGUGACUUCGGAAGCCUGCGCUACUGACUGUGUGCAUAAGUCCAGUGAUGAACGCAGCCCUGUGCAUGCUAUAGAACAUGGUUGCAAUGUUGACAUUGAUAAUGCUGCUGUCAGUGCUCAGUUCCAGGCAUGUGGUGACAACUCGGUUAAAUGUGCCACGAAGGAUCUUGAGGGGCUGAUGAGCAGAAUGGAAGCAAGUGUCCAUGGUGGGCACGAAAAGAUUAAUGUAGUGCCAAAUGAAAACACUCCAGAGGUGCUCUUUGAUUGUUCAGGCUUGCAGCCACGAAGUGGCAAUGCCAGUCCUGUGAUGCACACAAGGAAAAGUCCAGCCAUGGAAGAGCGCCAACAGAAGUAUGACGAGGGAAGGCUCACAAAUGGUCUCUCUACUGAUAGUCGAAGAGAUGUCCACCUUUCUCCAGACAUAACAAGGGAAGAUCGACUAGCACGAGAAAGGCACAGCUCCCGGGAGGGUACACCAGGCAGCACGAGAAGUGUCGACAGCCAAGACCGCUCUGCAAGCAGUGUUUUUGAAGCUCGACGGCGAAAGUUUGAGUCUACUGUGCCAGUGAAGCCUGUGGGAGGCAAGAUACUGCUGCUCAGGCAGGGCAGGACUGAGGACCAAAGCCCACAACGUGAAGGCUCCCCCCUCUCAUCCCCAUGUGCUCGGACGAGAUCGCGCAGUAGAAGCACAAGUCCGCCCCUCUUGCGUUCCGUGCUGAGUGUCGUGAAGCGAGGCACAUCUGAACUCUUACCAGCAGGCAUCGAGUCCAAGAAGAAGCAUAGACCUGGAAGGACAGUGGAAAUCGUAGUGCACAGUGUUGGUGAAGAGUCCACCGAAGCAAGUGAGCGCAUCGGCAACAGCGGCAGCAGUGGCAGCAAGCUGCCCGUCCACCUAAGGCUCGGCGACGCCAGCACAGCUUCCUCAACAAGAAAGAAAAAAAGCAAACGGAAACGGUCUUCACACGACUCCGCAGCGUACAGUGUCAAGCGGAAGCAUGCCAAGGCAAGAGGCCUCGACUCAGACGUACGACGUGCCUGGCUGGGCCCUGACCAACGCUGUCGUCGUAAGCGCAUGCAGUCUGCCCUCAGUGAUGGUGCUCCCUGACACCCAUAGGAGGAGAGGUGUCCACGCAGGUAAAGUGCCCCCUCUGUGCAUUGCUUGCUUUCUGCACGAGUUGUUUCUAGUUGAUUGCACGUGUGGCAUAGUGUUCAAGGGAAACACUGGAUAUAUUGUAUGUCUUUUCCCUUCAUGGUAAUCCUAUCAUCCCCACUUCCUCUUCACCCCUGCCGCAUCUCUUUGUUUUAAUGUCACUGUUGUGCACUGAGAUUGCUAGUGCCAAUAAAAAGCGUUGAUAGUUAGCAGCCUUGGUGCCCCUAUACAGCACCAAGUGUUUCGUGGUAUUAGACUCACCUAAUUGGCCAUAGUUUAAUUGUUAAAGAACAGGCCAGAGUGCAAAUCAUGUGCCUAGACAGUUGAUUGAAAUGAAGCAUGUGCACAAUGUAAACUUCAGAAUUUUAUGUGAUUUAUGUACAGGUUGUGUGGUGCAGCCAAGCUGCCCUCAUAACGACUCUGGAUUGUUGCUCAUGUUUUGCAGUGAGGAUUAAUGACCGAGGGUCGUCAUAGAAGGGGCAAAAGUACUGUGUAGUUACAUGGUGCAUAUAUGUACCUAUGUUGUCCAUAGUUUUCAUCAUGAACCAUCAAAUACCUAUCUGAAAAAAGUUCAGUUUUUUGGACAAUAUAGUUUAUUCUUUCAAGAGUAAGGCAUGAGAGUUAUUUACCAUGCUGGCCACUUCUUUACAAAGUGCACCGUCAUAUUUUUUGUGAUUUGUACACAAAUUUGGCGUGCCGUUUUACAGUAUGCCUUUUGUGAGUAUGUGUUCACUUUUUCCGCUUCUUUUGUUUCGUGUUGCUGCUGUGUUUAGUGCAUCAAAAGGGAAAGCAACAGUGCAUAUUGGAAGUAGCAUUCUUGAUGACAUCUUUUUCUCACAGCAGGUUGUGUGUCACCGAUUAAAGUACUUAAGAGGUCUGGCUCAUCCCCACAAUGACUCGUCUUGCACUGUUGUGUGAUGAAAAAACUAUUCCUGAGCUGAAACUGACUCUGACGAACACACACUGUGGCUGCCUGCUUGGACUCUUGUUUUUGAUCUUGUUAUGCUGUACAAAGUUGUUAGUGUUUGGUGUGACGUGGCAGUGUAAUUUCAUCUUGUGUAACCUUUUGAAGCAUUGAUCCGUUGUAUGUGCAGUAUGAGAGAGAUACCUAGCAAAGAACAUUUGAAAGCACUUUUUUUUUUUUUACUCUCUUGCACGAGUCUUUGUAUGGUACACAAUGUGUACAGGGUGUUUGUCUUUGCUAAUUUUCUGUACAAGAAAACUUACUUGGCUGGCUUAUUUUCAUAUUGGGCAAACUGCUUCAUGCUGCUGUUUCUUACUGAACGAGUUCCGUUGUUUGAAAUGAAUUGUGACAACCAUCUGGGUGUCAGAUGGCAGUGCUACUUAACCAUAUCAAGUUAUAGCUCAGUGAAAUUCCUUGUGGCAUAGCUGUAGUUGGGCCGUGUUGUUUUGAUCGCUGCCUAACCGGUUCAGCCUUUUGAUUUUCUGUGUUCCACCAAAAUGUGUACAUAGGACUAGUUUUCAAACCUACCAGAAAGACUGAUUGUGUGCUGUCACAAGAGUAAUUUAGAGUCUGCUUGGCAGUGUAGUGUACAUUUGCUUCUGUGUAUAAUUUUAGGUGACUUGUUCAUUUGCUUUUCACACUCAAGAAUGAAUUGCUUAUCUUGUACUAAUGUAAUAGUUCAAUUUUUUUAUGUGUGCUGUUACAGAUUUGCAUAAUGCAUGACCCAUACUGUUAAGCAUUUGCAUUAAUAGGUUGCGCUGGUGUUUUUACAUGUUGCUCCAGUUGCCAAGCUCUCAGUUGUUUUUUGUUACUUUUUUUUUUUUUGUUAUUUUUGCCCUAUUGCCCUAUUUUAUUCUUAUUUUUUCUUUAUUUUCUGUUAUAGGCCCCUUUACAAGCUGCUGUGUUAGUUUUUUGACAUUUUUACUUCGCUUGCACACAUCUAUGCAUUCUUUAGCCUUGUCUAAUGUACUUAGUGGACUUGUGCUGUGAUUAACUUCUAAAACUGUUGGUUGGUUUUGUUAUCCAGGCAGGGGUUGCAGCAAAAUUGUUAUUUCUCGGGUUACGGUCUCUGUAAGCACCAUUUCAGAAACUGCACUGUGAAGCUGCUGUGUUUUGCUUUUUGCACUGAACUUGCUUUGUGUCUUGGGUAGGAUUUUUGUAACUCUUGUUUAUAGUAGUAUUUACUGGUAUGUGCUUUUCUUUUGAAUAGAUAUACCCACCAUGUUUUCCUUGCAUGUAUAUACUGCACAGGUGCCGCUGUCCUUGGAAGUCAUCAGUGGUGUUUUUCUCUCUUCCCCCCUAUUGGCAUUGUGCUAGUGCUUGCUGCCUUUGUAUUUUAUUGCAGGUAGAGAGAACUCACCACUAAUAGGCAAGGGGGUUUCUAACAUAGCUUUUUUUUUUUUUUUUUUUUUUUUUUUUUUUUUUUGUUGAAUGAUGGUCGUUUACAUUUAUAGUCAGCAUAUUUACCAGGUUUCAUUGCAUGCAAAAGACUAGCGUUUUGGUAUUAUCUCAUUUAUUCUGGAUAUGUGCUGUUUUGUUAUUGUUUUGCUUUUGUUUCAUAUGCACAAGAACUGGAAAACACUAAGGCAAAUAUGAAGCAGGGCUGUUAGAAUUAAAUGCUUUAUAAAUCUACCAAAUUUCAACCAAAACAUAUGCAGUUUAUUCAUCCUAUGCUUUGCAGUCUAAUUGGCAUUAACUUUGUGCAUUCAUCCUUAAAGACAACCAGCAGCCCUCUUUAAAAGCGUACUGCCUAUUUCUUCGGCAUCAUUGUUUCCACAUUACUUUGGCAAACUCAUAUGCAUGUGCCCAGCGUCUUUACAAAAAGUGUGGUGUUUGUGACAGAGAAUGCAUGUUUUUUCCAGGUAUUGUUAGUAAUAUUUUUGGCUAUGUAAUGUAACUUUUUUUUUUUUUUUCCCAAGUUGUUACUGCCUAAAUUAUAAUUAGGCAGUAUACUUUUAUCUUGUACAGUUUGUUUGAAACAUCCCUCUUUCUUACAUCUAUUUCUCCUGUUGUGCUGCUGAAAGGGUGUGACAGUUCUCUAGUCAGCAAGUUCUAUGCUCACCUUUUCUGCAUUGUUUUCCCAUGUCUCUGAGUGCAUGCAUAUGCCUGCGUGCGUGCGUGCGUGCGUGUGGGUGUGUGGGUGUGUGUGUGUGUGUGUGUGUGUGUGUGUGUGUGUGUGUGUGUGUGUGUGUGUGUGUGUGUGUGUGUGUGUGUGUGUGUGUGUGUGUAAAACACACUCGUGGCUAUUCAGCUGGUGCUGAACUCUUGUCAUGUGCUGCGCACUCUUGGACAGUUCAUGAUUUAUGUUGCAGUUUGCUGCGGUGUUUCUUGCUACCAUUUUGGUCAUACUCGUUUGCACCUUUGGACAAUUCCAUGGUUUCCUUUGUGUUGCAGCCGGCUGCGAUGGUGUUUAUUGCCACCUUUAUUUGGUCAUGCUUGUAUUUGUAUAUUGUCAGCGUUCUCACUAGGCCAAGUACACAUUGCCACGAGGCUCGGGAACAGCGCAAGAUGCCACUGUUAUGUGGUAACUGCAAGCCACCAGGAAGCUGGAUGAUUGAGCUGCAUGUCUGCUGCACUGUUCUCAUUAGGAGAAACCUCAUGUGCUUCAUAUUCAGCUACCUUCAACUGAAGGCCCUAAUGUAAAGGCGAAAAAUGAAAAAAAAAAAUAAAAGCCUUCCCACCAGACUACCUCCUCCAAGCCCACCUCCCUUCCCAUCUCCCCCUCUGAAAAGAAUAGUGGAGAGCCAUAAAUUCACACAAAAUAACUUCUGUGUUAAAAAGAGCUUUCAGAUCAUCCUAUGUGAAUAAUUUCUUGUAUAUAGCCAUGUACAGAAAAUGGGGAGAAAAAAAGUGAAUAAAAACUAUUUUUUAUUGCUUUGACAGAA